AUGAAGGUGCUGUACUUGCCUCUGAUGGGUGUGCUGCUCCUAGCAGCAAUUUCUCAAUGUACUCCAAAUACUCGUAUCGUCGGUGGUGAGAACACUGUCAUCGAGAGGUAUCCAUCUUUAGUACAAGUUGAACAUUUCAUCCCGUUCUAUGGAGCGUGGAAUCAAAAUUGCGCGGGAAACAUCUUAUCUUCUCGCUGGAUUCUUUCUGCUGCACAUUGCUUCCCUAUACAGAACAGUACGGAUUACGCUCGUAUUCGAGCUGGCUCCAGUUUCCGUGAGUUCGGUGGCAGCGUGCACUACAUAGACAUUAUCCGCAUCCACCCCAACUACACCAAACCCGCACCCCACGACGCGGACAUUAGCGUCAUUAGAGUUCGCACUCCCUUCGUGUACUCCCCGUCUAUAAGACCUGGAGUUAUCGCCAGGCAGGGAUAUUUCUUGCCAGACAAUUCCCCCGCUACCAUCGCCGGAUGGGGAGCCCUUUAUUUCGGCGUGCCGUCAUCAUUCAUGCUCCAAAAUGUAAUUCUUCAAUCGAUACCUAGAGAAGUCUGCGCGAACCUUUAUCAAGCGAACAACAUGACCAUCACUGAGAACAUGUUCUGUGUCAAUGAUUGGAACUGGGGCUGGCGCAACGCUUGCCAUGGGGACGCUGGCGGCGCCUUCUACAACCGCAACAUUAUCGUCGGCGUGGCUUCCUAUACCCAGGGCUGCGGGAAUCCCAUGUUCCCUACCAUCAGCACGUCUGUCGGUGCUUUCUCUGAUUGGAUUAUCACGAACGCCCGAUAG